AUUACUGUUAGUGAUGGAAUCUUUGACGGCGUUAUUCUGCGUGUAAAAGGAAAGAAAAUUCGAACAAGGUUAACACUUUUCCUCAGAAUAGCAUUAACCCCUUGAAAUUAGAGCAUUCUUCUCUUUCGGCAGUUGACGUCCUUUAACUUAAUCUUGAAAUUAAAUUGCGUCACUCAUAGAAAAUCACAAGUUUAGGAAGAAAGGUUACAAGAAGGCAACAGAAGGCAUCAAUUCCAACUCAGCUACUCAGCUGAUCCGCGCGAUCCAAAUUCUUUGUCAAAAGUGAGGUUAUGUUUCCUUGAGCGAUCCGUUGAAUUGUUGAGUAUUUAUGUUUGCGGUGGGUGAAAUCAGGAAAUUAGAGUGCGAUUAGUAUUAGUGGCGAGGGAAUAAUUUCGGUGUGUUGAGUGGAACAUGUUUGAUGUGCCCGAGUCGAGGGCGGAGGCGGGGGCGCCUCGACGCUAGUCGACGGCGUGGGAAGCCUAACCUAAAAGGCUAAAAGGAUGGACGGGCGGGCGGGGAACUGCUGGGUGCGGAAGGUGAUGGAAGUGGUGGUGUUCGUCAAGUUCGUCAUGGCGGUGGCCGCCCUCGGGGGGAAGUACGCGCGGGAGGCCGAGCUCCUCAAAUUCAAGGACCCCCCGAAGAAGGGCGGGACGACCAAAGGCGGGGGUGGGGGCACGAUCCCGCGGGAAAACCUCCUCUACGCCAUCCUGGCCCUCGACGGGCUCAUCGUCCUCCUGCUCCUGCUCCUCUUCUGCAAGCCCAUCACCCGCAACAAAAACCCGCUCAACUGCAUGCUCUUGACCGUCGUCUGCUUUCUCUCGGCCUUCGUCGCCUUCUUGGUCACCCUUUAUCUGCCCAUCAUGGACACCAUCAUCGGCUACUGCGCCGCCAUCUUCGCCAGCGUCUUCGUCAUCUUCUACGCCUCCAUCUGCCAGGACCGGGACGUCACCACCUGGUACAUGUCCUUCUUCACCAUUGUUUUGUGUUUCGGCGUAGCUGCGGCCAUGCUCUAUUUCGCCUACGCCUCCGACCCCGAGUUCACCUACGACACGCCGACCGCCCUCAGGCUCUCCGGCUUGAUUCCCAACUUCCUCAUGGUCGUCACCAUCCCCUUUCUCCUACCCUUCCUCUCCUGUCGUCGCGAGGGUAUGUGCGGGGAGGUUAUCGAGGCUGCACUCUAUAUUCUCUACCCCUGGCUCAUCCUCUACGAUCCCUUCACCAGAGCCACGGAUUGGUCGCGACCCUGCUGCACGGAAGUGUUGGUGAUCUGCUGGGACGACAUGCCCGAGGGCGAGUACAGACGCAGCGACAGCGGCCACGGGACCAGCGCCGACGUCGGCACCGCCUCGCGAACGCAAAUCCUCGCAAAAUAACCGCGGCCCAACUGAUCAACGCGUAUAAUCACGAGGAAAACGCUGAAACGAAAGUGAGUCACCGCAAGUUGAGGGCUCAGACCUCUCCCCCACGUUGAGAAACAUGGCCGACGGCAUUUGAAACUGGUUCACUUAACAACGCUCACUCCGUCGCCGGAUCGACUUAAAAAAACAUACUUUUAAACUUCAAGCCCCUCGUGGAAAAAAUCAAAUUGUUGAUUUAACAAUUCAAUUGCUAAAAAAAAGUGACUGCAAUGUUUCAAUGUAGAUUUUACAACGAAAAAAAUGCUAAUACUUUAACCACCUCCGUGAUUAAAUUAGCUGACAAGGGUGGUUAAAGUAGCAUCCUUUUGUUGUGAAAUCUACGUUAAACCGUUGCAGUCACUCUUUUAGCGAUUGAAUUGUUAAAUCAGACAUUUCAUUUUUUCCGUGCUGGUAGCAACACUUAUGGAGGGAAACUUUAAAAAAGUUCUAAAUCUUACUAGGAUAAAUCUUAAAAGAAGUUAAUUUUAACAGGUUUUUCUAAAGUUUAUAGAUCGGGUUUGUUGCACUAGUCAUCCUAGACGGAUCUAGGGAGAGGCGUAGAGGGUCUCCCCCGAUCGCCCGAAAAAAAGGAUGAAGAAAUAGAGAAGGAAGAAAAAGGAGGGAAUAUAGGAGAGAAAAAUAACAGACGCUUACAUUUGGAAAUUAUUCACGUCAAAAUUGAGUCAAACUGAGAUUGGAUGUUUCGAAAAUUCAAAAAUUUUCUAGGGGAGGCCCCCGGACCCACUUUUACCCCCCCCCUUCCUCCACGGGGAUCCGCCUAUGCAUGAAAUCGUAUUUUUUUGGUCUAAAUUUACAAAUCAACAAAAAAUAGUAAGACGUGCUCAAUCGCUCAGUUUUACGUCCAAUAUCAACGAAGAUAUCGACCUUCGAAACAUACCCGCGUAUGACGUUAUCCACCGCGCAUAAAGAAUGCCAUGGUUUCUUGUACCUUGAAUUCGUCAAGUAGUGAUACAUACUCGCAUUUGCGCUUAUUGCUGGAUUUUAAACACGGAUGAAACCAAGGUAGAAAAAACCAUGGUAUACACUGCUUUGCUGAAGAGGAACCC